AUGGAUCUCCAAGAAUUCAGGAGCGACGACAAACAACAAGCUUUCCAGAUCCAACCAGCCGCCUCAAACCCGUCAAUCACCGGUGCAGCCACCACGGUGGUUGCCACUCGAAAGAAGCUAACUUUGCUCCCGCUUGUGUUCCUCAUUUACUUCCAAGUGGCCGGCGGUCCUUACGGCGAAGAGCCAGCAGUUCAAGCGGCUGGAUCGUUAUUCGUGAUUAUUGGCUUCAUUGUCUUUCCAUUCUUAUGGAGUGUCCCUGAGGCAUUGAUCACGGCGGAGCUGGCGACCACCUUUCCUGGUAAUGGCGGUUUUGUGAUAUGGGCGGAGCGAGCCUUCGGACCCUUUUGUGGCUCCCUCAUGGGUACUUGGAAGAUCUUUAGCGGAAUCAUGAACAUUACCGCCUUCCCAGCAUUCUUCAUCAGCUACGUCGAGAAAAUAUUCCCAGCCUUAGAAUCCGGUUGGCCUCGCCAAAUUGCCGUCUUUGUUUCGACGAUACUCCUCUCGCUUCUCAACUACUUUGGGUUGACAAUUGUUGGAUACGUUGCCAUUGUUUUGGCUUUUAUUUCGUUCUUACCGUUCAUUUUAAUGACCUUGAUUGCCAUGCCAAAGAUCCGGCCUCGCCGGUGGUUUAGCUCCGGCGAGAUGGGCGUGAAAAGGGACUGGAAUUUGUAUCUCAAUACUCUCUUUUGGAACCUCAACUUUUGGGACAAUGUAAGUACAUUGGCUGGUGAAGUUGAGAAUCCACACAAAACUUACCCUGUUGCCCUAUUUGUUUCUGUUAUAUUCAUCUCUCUCUCUUACAUAAUCCCGUUGCUUGCCGUCAUCGGCGCCGUCCCGGUGGAACAAAGCGCGUGGGGUCCGGGGUUUCACGCACAGGCCGCCGAGUUCAUUGGUGGGAAUUGGCUGAAAAUCCUCCUGGAUAUUGGUGCAGGCUUAUCGGCAAUUGGCAUGUAUGAAGCGCAGCUAAGUAGCAGUGCGUAUCAAAUCCUAGGGAUGGCAGAGAUCGGGAUUCUGCCGAGGUUCUUCGCUUCAAGGGCGAAAGUUUUCGAAACGCCAUGGGUAGGGAUCUUGAUAUGCACGGGAGUGUCCCUCGGCGCCUCCUGCAUGCAGUUCUAUGACAUCGUGGCAUCUGCGAACUUCAUUUAUAGCUUGGGAAUGUUGUUGGAAUUCACAUCAUUCAUAUGGUUGAGAUGGAAGCAACCAGAGCUAUGGAGGCCAUUCAAGGUUCCAAUGGAACUGCCAUGGUUAGUGGCCAUGUGCUUAUUUCCAGUUGCUUUAUUGGUGGUUUUGAUGAUUUUAACUCACAAGAUUGUGUUCUUUGUGAGUGCUAUAAUGACUUUGGUUGGAACUCUAUGGUACAUUUUGAUGAACCUUUGCAAGAGGAAGAAGAUAUUCAAGUUCAAUGAGGCAAUGAAUGAUGUAGACAAUGAUCAAUGGGUCAAAGUCAUGGACCUUAAAAUGUAUUCUAUGUACUCCCAAUUCAGUACGAGAGCAUGUAAAUCCACUUGA